UGCAGGAAUUAGAUGUCGGAGAAGACGCUGAGAGAAAAAAAUCUCACUGUACGGUAAAAAUAGGGGAACUUCGCGAGUAUCGGCGAAAUCGCUGUAAAAGCGAACUUAAAUUUACAAACGUGAGUGUAAACGUUGAAAAAACAAUAAAAAUGAAUGACACACGUAAUAAAAAGGAUAAAAAUCAGCACAUACAAGUUUUUGUUCGCGUAAGACCAAUUAAUAAUAUAGAAAAAACAAACAAAUCACCAGUUGUAGUUGAUGUUGCUUCUAAUAAAGAGAUAGUUGUUCGUGAAAGACCACAAGAUAAACUCACAAAAAAAUUUACAUUUGAUAAAGUAUUUGGACCAGUUUCUAAACAGAUUGAUGUUUAUAAUGCAGUUGUUAGCCCACUUUUGGAUGAAGUUUUGGCUGGUUACAAUUGUACUGUUUUUGCAUAUGGCCAAACUGGUACAGGAAAAACAUUUACUAUGGAAGGAAGUUGCAAUGAUCCAGCCUUACAUUGGCAAACAGAUUCAACAGAAGGAAUCAUACCAAGAUCCUUGAGUCAUUUAUUCAAUGAACUAAGAACCCUAGGUGCUCAAGAAUAUUCUGUUCGAGUUAGUUUUUUAGAAUUAUAUAAUGAAGAGUUAUUUGAUCUUUUAUCACCCAAUGAUGAUGCAUCAAAAAUCAGAAUAUAUGAAGAUGCAUCAAGAAAAGGUGCAAUUAUUAUUCAUGGAUUGGAAGAAGUCACAGUUCAUAAUAAAAGUGAAGUAUAUAAAAUUUUAGAAAAAGGUUCUGAAAAACGCCAAACAGCAGCUACAUUAAUGAAUGCGCACUCAAGUCGAUCUCAUACAGUAUUUUCAAUAACAGUACACAUAAAAGAAAAUACAGUUGAUGGUGAAGAACUCCUUAAAACUGGUAAACUUAAUUUGGUGGAUUUAGCUGGUAGUGAAAAUGUAGGUAGAUCAGGUGCAGUUGAUAGACGAGCAAGAGAAGCUGGUAAUAUUAAUCAAUCAUUACUAACUCUUGGAAGAGUUAUCACUGCCUUAGUAGAACGAGCACCUCAUGUUCCAUAUCGUGAAUCAAAAUUGACAAGACUACUUCAAGAGUCACUGGGAGGACGAACUAAAACUUCCAUUAUUGCUACCAUAUCACCUGCCAAUAUGAAUAUAGAAGAAACACUUUCUACUUUGGACUAUGCGCACCGUGCAAAAAAUAUAACAAAUCGGCCUGAAAUCAAUCAAAAGUUAUCUAAAAAAGCUUUGCUUAAAGAAUACACUGAAGAAAUUGAAAGAUUACGACGUGAUUUAUUGGCAUCGCGAGAACGUAAUGGCAUUUAUUUAGCUCAAGAAAAUUAUAAUCAAAUGCAAUCCCUAAUUGAAAUGCAGAGUAAAAAAAUUGAAGAAAAAAUCAACCAUAUUAAAGCUCUAGAAGAAACUAUGCACAAUAAAGAAAAAAUAUUUACUGAUCUUAAAAUAGAAUAUGAAUCAACUACUAAUGCAUUAUAUAAAACAAAAGAAAAAUUAGAGUCAACAAAAAAUGUUCUUAUAACAACACAGAAUGAAUUAAGUGAUAUAGCUUUCGAUAGGGAUUUAAAUAAACAUUUAGUAGAAAAGCACGUAACUACAGAACGAGUUCUUUUAAAUCAAGCUCAAACUUUGUUAAAUGUUGCUGAAAAUGCAACAAUGGAUACACAAAAAUUACAUGAAAAAAUUAACCGUAAAAAACAAAUAGAAGAAGAAAAUGAAUAUUUAGGUAAAAAAUUUAAACAAGAAAUGUUUCAUUCUUUUAAACAUAUUCAAGGAGAUUUAGAAAAUUAUACUCAAGAAUUAGUUAAAUUUUGUUUUUCUCUUAAAGAUCAAAUGAAUUCUGUAAUAGCUUGUCAAAAUAAUGGAACUGAUACAGCAAUAAAGCAUAUUUCUGUAGAUCUUAUACAACAAGAAGUAGAAAUAUCUAAAAAAUUGACAGAACAAGCAAACAAUUAUUAUGAUGAUUACCAUAAUUGGAUUCUCACACAAAUAGAAAAGGCUUCAGAUAUGACUCAACAUGAACGUGAAGUACUUCAAAAUAUUUCUACAAAAAUAUCUCCUAAAAUUCGACAACUUGUUGAAAAUAAAAUAUCUGAAAAUUUAAAAAUGUUACAUAAAGAAACAUCUUUAAAAUUGUUAAAUCUAACACAUACUAUGAAAAAAUCCAUUGAUGACUUUUGUAAUACUUUACUUAUUGAUCGAGAUAAUUUGACUAAGCAAAUUGAUGAAAUUAAAAAAUAUAUAGAAAUUUCUGUUGAAAAUGAAAAUCGAAUAGUACAAAAUGAAAAUUUAUUUUCGAAGAUGUUUAGUGAUUUGAAAAAGCAAUUUGACCAUACAUGGCAACAAUAUGAAGAGACAAAUACAGAAAAUAUACGUUGUCAUUCAAUUGUUUCAAAUAAAUUAAAUGAGAUUCAAAUUAAAAAUGAUCAAGUUAUCGAAAAUAAUUUGAAUAGUUUUAAUAAGAAUGUAAAUAAAAAAAAAUUAAUUGAAAAAGAAAUUGAAAAUUGUAUUGAAAUUAUUAGAAAUGAAGUUUCAUCAACUUUAAAAGAAAAUUGGAAUAUAGCAGAAAAUGCAGUCGUUCAAAGUACUGACGUUAUUAAUCAAUUAGAAGAUAAUUUAAAUGCAUCUCAACAUACUUUAGUGUCUUAUAAUAAUUUAAUUAAAGAUAAUGCUGUAGAAUUACAACAUAAAACUGAAAAAGAUAAGGAGGUAUUAGUAACUAAAAUUCAAGAAUAUCAUAAAAUUAUUUCAGAUGCAAGUACAGCACAUACAAAUUUUAUGGAAGAACAACGUAUUGCAGCUCAAAAUAGUUGUAGUGAUAUAAAUUAUAAAUUAGAAAAUCAAGCAUUAGGAUCUUCAGAAUGGAAUAAUAAACUCAAUUCUCAAUUGAAUUCAACACACGAAAAGAUUGAAAAAUUUAUUGUGGAAGAGUUACGUCGUGACAAUCCAACAGGUACUACUCCUUCUAGAAAGGAAUUUAAUUAUCCACGUCAUUUAAUAGCAACUUCUCCACACGAAAGAAUUAUUCAAAGGUUCCGGGAAGUUAAAGAAGUCGUUCAAGCAUCAGACGAAGAUAAUAACACCAUCAUAGAUAUAAUGUCUCCCAACAUGAAUGGUGAAGACUGCAAUAGUUUGUCAUCUCCUCCUCUCACCAAAAAUAAUCAUGUAACAUCUACACCACAUAGUGAAUCAAAAAUAAGAAUUCCCAUAAUACGUAAUAAUAGUUAUAGUCUUAUAAAAUCUGCUUCAACUUCAGAUAUCCCUCUCGUCACAAAAGCCAAACUUGAUUCAACAGCUAUGUCUGAAUCAGAAAUUUUGAAGGAUCAUGAUAAUAAGGAAAAUGGACAAAAAGAAUUCAUAAAACCUGACAAAUCAAUGUCUAAGCAAUUAUCAAGGGUUAAAAGUGUUAACAGAAAAGUUCUAGGAUCUUACAAUUAGAAAUAUUUAAAAGAACUUCAGGUAUGAAAGAGAGUCUUUAAAGCAAAGCAUUUUUGCUUUCUAUCGUUUUUCAGGUUUUAUUUAAUUAAAGUGAACUUUUUGAGGAUUGAUAAGUCCUGACGAAUUGGUUCUAUUUUAAUUUUGUCAGUCCUACUAUUUGAGUAGACUAUUUUU